AUGCCUCUCGAAACCGGUCUCCAAGGAACUCAUGUUCUUAUCACGGGUGGCACUCGUGGUAUGGGACAGGCAAUGGUGCGACAAUUCCUCCAGGAAGGUGCCAACGUCUCAUACUGCGCCCGCACUGUUACCAAUACCGAAUAUGAUGAUGUUCAUCAAUCUCUUUCUGCGGAUAAUUCCGCUCGAGCAUUCGGCACUGCCUUUGACGUUUCCUCCAAGGAAGCGAUCGUGAACUGGGUCAACAGCUCUGCUGAGCGUGUUGGACGCAUCGAUAUUGUCAUUGCAAACGCAUCUCCCAUGCACAUGGGAGGUGAAACCGAAUACUGGGAUAGCAGCUUCGCCAUUGACGUGAUGGGCUUUGUCGAGCUUGUCAAGGCCGCACAGCCUUAUCUUGAGAAUUCUCCCCAAGCUUCUAUCAUCGUGCAGAGCUCCUUUAUGGGCCGCGAAUUCUUCCGAGGUCCGCCAGCUGCAUACGGGCCUUGCAAGGCUGCUCAACUGCAGCACGUGCAGGAGCUUUCUCACUACCUGGGUCCAAAGGGCAUUCGGGUCAAUGCAAUCUCACCUGGUCCAAUUCUCUGCGAGGGCGGGUCCUGGGAACAAGGCUUGAAGGAGAAUCCCGAAUGGGUGGAGGCGCAGCGAGUGAAGAUUCCAUUGAAGCGCCUGGGAGGACCGCAGGAGGUCUCAAAUGUGGCUGUCUUUUUGGCUAGUCCUUUAGCUAGCUUUGUUACUGGAACAAAUGUACUGGUGGAUGGUGGCAUCCAUGUGGGCACGCAAUUUUAG